AUGGCUUUUGUGAGAAACUCUAUUAACUGGACCGACGACACGUCAAUGUUCCCAACGAAAUCUAUUAAUUCGCCGAUGUAUCAAGUAUCACUUGAUGCAGAUUACGUUAAUUGUAGCCGUUUCACUUACUGUUAUGAUGAUAUGAUUUUUUCACAGAUUGAUGACUAUGGGAUAGUGAUGUGGCAAAUGCAGUCUAAUGAAAAGCCACAUAUUAUGAAAAAACUUCCUGUUCCAGAAAGUGGACCCCCAUGCAAGUUUUCGCAUGACUUUGGGAAUAAAGUUGCAAUGGGGAACAAGAAAGGGCAAAUAUAUGUCUGGGAUUGCCAAAAUUCUCGUUCAAAAACACCGGUAAUACAGACUGCGAUGAGUCUUGAUGGAAGUUGA